AUCUCGUCAUUGUUAAAAAAAAAGUGCACUCCAUCCAAUUUCGUGUGUAUUAAAGAUGGACGGCAAGCAAAAGAAAGAGAAAACAGGGACGAGAAGAAGUAAGAAGGCCUUUAAGAAUGAAAUAAAAGAAGCAAUGAUCCAGUUUCAAUAAGGGGCGUGCAAGACAUUGCCCAAUCUUCAUCCUCCACAUCAAUUCACUUCAAACUGUUUUCAACACGCCACUUCAUCUAUCGCGUCAGUUCGGUUCCCGUCUCUGAACUCCGGCGCAAGGGCGCCCAACCCCGUUUAAAGAAAACUGAAAGAAGAAAGAAAACCUCCGAGGCUCCCACGAUCUUGUCCACUUUCCACUUCCACCAUUCAAAAUUUCACUUCAACUUUUUAUGAGCAUAGAUGCUAUUUUUGAUCCCAUCUUACAAUCAAGUAAACUUUCUGGGGCAAUUGAAGAGUAACCAUCGAAGUAGAUUGAAGACAAGUGAAUUCAAGAAUAUCCCACACGAGAAGAAAUUUUGAGCGUAUUUUGGGUCUAUCACUUGUGAUGUGGAUCAUGGAGUCAAAUGCGUUAUUUAAGGAAGUUGACGUUCUUCUAUAAUGGUUUAAUUGGUACUGACUGUAAGAUGGGAACUCAAGGUCAAACAGGAUUAGUAGCACAAAAGAAGAUGCACCCUCCUCAGUCCGGAAGAUUUGAAGAUCGUGAAGAUCUUAUUAAAUAUGUUCGCGAUUUUGGUGCUGAUCAGGGAUAUGUCGUAACAAUUAAGAAGUCUAGGAAAGAUAGAAGAGUCAUCCUUGGUUGUGAUAGAGGAGGUGUGUACCGUAACAGGCGUAAGAUUGCUGAGAGUCCACGCAAAAGGAAAGCUAGCUCACGCCUGAUAAAUUGCCCAUUUGAAGCAAUUGGCAAGAAGGAAGAUGAUGCCUGGAUGCUUACCAUUAAAAAUGGAAGCCAUAACCAUGAGCCCUUAAAAGAUAGGUCAGAGCAUCCUUACAGUCGCCGUUUUACAGAGGAUGAAGUAAAGCAAAUAAAACUAAUGACUGAAGCUGGUAUAAAACCACGUCAAGUGCUUAAAGCUCUCAAACAACACAAUCCAGAUCUGCAGUCAACACCAAGGCAUUUGUAUAACCUCAAAGCCAAAAUUCGCCAAGGAAAUCUAUCAGAUAAGAAUUUCAAGUCUUGGAGGCCUAAUAUUUCCGUUCCUACAAAUAGUAGUCAUACAGUCGCUGGGGAUUCAAUCAAGCAAAAUCAUCAGCUGAAGGUUCCUAAUUUAAUUGGAGGGGAAUUUUUGGAUUCGCACAACUGUCAAGUGGUUGAUGUUAUUAAUCCAGCAACACAAGAAGUUGUUUCUCAUGUUCCUUUAACAACCUACGAAGAGUUUAAGGCUGCUGUCAAUGCAGCCAAACAAGCUUUUCCCUCAUGGAGAAACACACCAAUUUAUACUCGUCAGUGUGUUAUGUUCAAGUUCCAGGAGCUCAUCCUCAGGGACAUGGAUAAGCUUGUAAUGAAUAUUGUUGCAGAACAGGGAAAAACAUUAAAGGAUGCUCAAGAUGAUAUCAUCUGUGGUUUAGAGGUGGUUAAACAUGCUUGUCGAUUGGCCACUAUGCAAAUGGGGGAGUUCAUCCCUAGUGCAUCUGAUGGAAUUGAUUCGUACUGCAUCCGAGAACCAAUAGGUGUGUGUGCUGGGAUAUGCUCUUUAAACCAUCCAGCAACAGUUUCCUUAUGGAUGUUCCCAAUUGCAGUUACAUGUGGCAAUACAUUUGUUCUUAAACCAUGUGAAACGCACCCGGGGGCUUCAAUGUUGCUAGCUUCAUUAGCGAUGGAGUCUGGCUUGCCUGAUGGUGUUCUGAAUAUUGUUCAUGGAUCCCAUGAUAUCAUCAGCUAUAUAUGUGACGAUGAGGACAUAAAAGCUGUAUCCUUUUCCAGUUCAAGUUCAGUUGGAAAACACAUAUAUGCUAGGGCUGCUGCUACAGCAAAGAAAGUUCAGUCUCAUUUUGGAGGCAAGAGUCAUGCAAUUAUUAUGCCUGAUGCUAACAUGGAGGCUACUUUAAGUGCUCUGGUUGAUGCUGGAUUGGGUACUGUUGGACGGACAUGUAUGGCUAUUGACAUCAUUGUCUCCGUUGGGAGUUCAACCCUGUGGGAAGAAAAACUUGUGGAAUGUGCCAAAGCACUUAAAGUGAAUGUGGGAACAGAUCCCAAUGCUGACCUUGGUCCUGUAACUACAAAAGAGGUGAAAAAUCGUUUUUGUAAAUUAAUUCAAAGUGGCAUUGAAGAUGGUGCUAGACUUUUGCUAGACGGUAGAGAUAUCGUGGUCUCAGGAUAUGAAAAUGGAAAUUUUAUCGGCCCAACCAUUUUAUCAGGUGUAACAACUGACAUGGCGUGCUACAAGGAAGAAUUUUUUGGACCAGUUCUCCUUUUUAUGCAGGCUGACAACCUAGAGGAGGCUAUAACCAUUGUAAACCGAAACAAAAACCGAAAUGGAGCUUCCAUAUUCACAACUUCUGGCAUUUAUGCGAGGAAGUUUCAGAGUGAAGUGGAAGUGGGAACGGUUGGUAUCAAUGUUGCUGUUACAGUUCCGUUGCCAUCUUCCUUUAAUGAUAAGGUAGGGCUGGAGUUUUACACCCAAUUGAAGAGAGUGGCUCAACAGUGGAAGAACUCACCAAGUAUUGGCGUCUCAAUGGCGGUGCCUUCACCAUCUGAGAGACAUUUGAGAUCCCGUGCUGCACCUUCCAUGUUGGUUUCAACAUCUGAGAAAGAUUCACCUGGUAUGAAGCACAGGAGUUUACCUCCGUUGCCUUCCACAUCUGACAGGGAUUCACCCAGCGUCCCUGUACUUCUGCCGAACCCUCGAAUAACUCCGACAGGCUUAACUAAUGAAAGAUCCACUUCCUCUCCGCCGACUCCUGAUAGGAAUUUGCACGGACUCUCCCUGAUUUCUACCUUAUCAUCGGAGGGGGAUGUAUCCAACCAAGAUUUGUCUCCUGCAAUGCUUUCACAGCGUGAUAGAGAUUUACCUGGUCAAGCUAUGUCAAUGGCAACAUCCAGAUCAUCUGAUAGACUGUACAUACCUCAGAAAUCUCAUUGGAAUGAAACCCCGAGGGCUGAUUCAAUUCCAUCCAGUUCCGAGAGGAUCCAUGCGUCUUUUUCGCAGACAAGCAGCAUCAAAGGACAGGCAUGUCGAACAACUCAUCCUGCUUUGGUUUUAGCCACAGAGAGGGGGUUAUAUGUGCCAACAUCUCAUGACGCUAUUUGUCUAAUUAACCAUGGAAAUGAUAGCACCAGUCCGUCUCGAAGAAUGAACACCAUGUGUCAAUCAUCAGAACGAGUAUACAUGCUAGCAACUUCUCAUCUGAACGACAGUAUGGGUCAAACAUUGGAGAGAACUGAUACCUCCUUGUUUCCUUCUUCAGAGAGGCAUUAUGCGCCUCCCUCUUCUGAUGGAAAUGACCACAUCAGCUUAGCCUCUCAUACAGAUGUCACUUUGCAAUCAACCUCAGAUAGAAUGUUUCUGUCUAGUUUGUCUGAAAGGGACGAUAAUAUGGCUUCCACUGCUUCCCAACAAGGUGAAUCUUUAACAUCCACUUCAGAGAGAAUGUAUAGACCUCCAUUGGUUCAUAGAAAUGCAGGUAUGGCACCGAAAUCGGAAUGGUUAUGCAUUCCCACGCCUGCUGGAACUCAGAGAAUGUACACACAAGAUCCAAUGGUUUCAGCAGAUGAAUUUCAAUGCCAAGGAGCAUCAUUGACAUUGCCUGCAUCGCAAAGAAUGUAAGGGAUAUUAUUUUAGAAAUAGAACAUUAGCAUCUAGGAAUAGGAUUAGCCAAAUUCUCAUAAUUUUUUUCCUUUGUCAACACAACAAAUUACUAAUGUCUUUUUUUAUUAUUAUUAUUAUUAUUUUUCUUAGAGUCAUUAGCUUGAUUUUGUUCCUGUUUUCCUAGAACUGUGGCUAUUAGUAUAUGUUAAGAUUUUUGAAAAUAAAUUUACGUCUCAAUGAACCUUCUUUUC